CACACUCGAUGAUUGACGACAGAAAGCAUUGGAAUUCCAACCCUAUAACAGCUAAUCUCUCUUCAUUUGGACAGCUAAUUCUUUUGAGUGAUUUUUAUGAAAGUGCCAGUGAGUUAAACCCGUUGUGCGCAUCUGUGAGAGGGGGAUUCAACAGUUUUAUUCUUUAAGUAACAUUCAGUGACGGCGAGAAGAUAGUAAAGCGCUCAGACUAGUUAUUUGUCGACAGAAAGCUUGGGAUUUCCAACCCAAUAUGGUAUUUUAACAUAUUCAAAUGUAUUUUUGAAGAUCUGCUUUUAUUGGGGAAUUAUAUUCACAUCACUUUGAGUGGCUUUUUAAAUCAAACUAACUUCGGCACCUCAAGUUUUAUGUGUUUUUAAGAGAGAAACGGCCGUUAUGACAGCUCUGUUCGUGGCACUGUUGUUUAUAUUCGCAUCAGGAAGCGGGAAAGUGGCUCGCGCGAGCGGCGCGAAAGGAAGCCGCUUCGUGUGCACGGCCGUGCCCGCUGGCACCGACCUCAACUGCCCGGUGGACACGAACAACCGGGUCCAGAGCACCAGCCCGCUGGAGGAAGAGUUGCGGAAUACUAUAAUUCAACUGCGAGAGACCAUCCUCCAACAGAAGGAAACUAUAGUCAGUCAACAGGGCACUAUUAAAGAGCUCAACUCCAAACUCACGCGCUGCGAGGCUGACGCCAAGUCGCGAAGCAACGCGCGCAGGAAGGAUUAUAGUAAAAACACGAUGGGCGACCUGCCGCGCGACCCCGCCGAGACUGUUGAGCAGCUGGGCAAGACCAUGCAGAGUCUGAAAGACCGCCUGGGGAAUCUGGAGCAGCAGUUGCGUACCAAUGCAUCAGGUGGACCAUUUCCCAACGAGCUGAAAGACCUGCUGAAGCACCGUCUGAGUGACCUGGAGGGCCAGCUGCUGACCAGAGUGGCUGAACUUGAGGAGGAAAAGAGCCAGCUGUACAACGAGACAGCCACUCACCGCCAACGCACUGAGAACACACUCAAGUCAUUGCUGGAAAGGAUCACUGAGCUGGAGAAAAGUAAUAGUGCAUUCAAAUCACCAGAGGACUUUAAGGUGUCUCUGCCUCUGCGCACCAACUACCUGUAUGGCCGCAUAAAGAAGAAUCUCCCAGAGAUGUAUGCCUUCACCGUGUGUAUGUGGCUCAAGUCCAGUUCCAGUCCUGGAAUCGGAACCCCAUUCUCUUAUGGUGUCCCAGGACAGGCUAAUGAGAUUGUGCUGAUAGAGUGGGGAAACAACCCCAUAGAACUUCUUGUCAAUGAUAAGGUAGCUCAGCUUCCUCUAUCUGUGAGUGAUGGUCGCUGGCAUCACAUCUGCAUCACCUGGACAACCAGAGAUGGCUCCUGGGAGGCCUAUCAGGAUGGAGAGCGACUAGGGACCGGAGAGAACUUGGCUCCCUGGCACCCAAUUAAACCUGGAGGAGUCAUUAUCCUGGGCCAAGAACAGGACAUCGUAGGUGGGAGAUUUGAUGCCACUCAGGCUUUUGUAGGAGAGUUAAGCCACUUCAACAUGUGGGACAGAGUCCUGCGUCCCAUAGACAUCUCUGCCAUGGCCAACUGCUCCACCUACAUGCCUGGCAAUGUGGUGCCGUGGGUUGAUGCCAACGUGGAGGUAUUUGGCGGUGCAACCAAAGAAGCUCUUGAGAUUUGCGAAGACCGUCUCUUCGAUUCGUAAGGACACGUCUGUACAUUUGGAAACAUUCUCGUUUUAGAGGUAACCCAUGUCCCAAUCUCACUCUGGGAACUUUACAGAGAGAAAAAGGCAGUCAAAAGAAACUGCGUUUUCACAUAAUGGAUUAUUUUAUCCUCUGUUCUGCUUUACGUUUGAAUAGUAUUUUGCUGUCAGCCUGGCCAAAACAUAAAAUUAUUGUGAUUUAUUCAAACAAAUAUGUCUGCAACUCUGGCUGAAGAAAAACUCUCUUGUUGAUAGUAGAUAUGCUUUUCUCUGUGUAGAAACAUUUUAUCUCUACAAACAUAUUGUCAUUUUUAAGAACUACAGUUAAAAAUGGAUUUGCUUUGCCAUUUUCACUGUGGUCUAACACUGAGCUUUUGUCAUGUUGUGUAUAGGGUGAUGGCCUUGAAACCACUGAAAACAAAUACUUAAACUGCGUAAUUUUAGUAGAGAUUCUGAGUUUUAUUAAAAACGAUUGAAUGAGCUAAUGUGUGUGUGUGUGUGUGUGUGUGUGGGAGGGUUUGGGUGGUUUACGAGGACUUUUUUUAGGUUACAAACUGGUAAUUACAAGGGUAUUAUGCUAUAAAUGUGGUUUAUGAGGACAUUUCUAGUGUCCCUAUAAUUCAAAUCGCUUAAAAAGCAUACUAAAUGAUGUUUUUUUUUUUUAAAUGUAAAAAUGCAGAAAGUUUUUUGUGAGGGUUAGGUUUAGGGGUAGGGUUAGGGUUAGGGGAUAGAAUCUAUAGUUCGUACAGUAUAAAAAUCAUUAUGUCUAUGGAGAGUCCUCAUAAGGAUAGCCGCACCAACAUGUGUGUGUGUGUGUGUGUGUGUAUAGGCAGGUUUAAGUGGUUUAUGAGGACUUUUUUUUUAGGUUACAAACUGGUAAUUACAAAGGUAUUAUGCUAUAAAUGUGAUUAAUGAAGACAUUUCUAGUGUCCCCAUAAUUCAAAUCGCUUAAAAAAAACUAAAUGAUGUUUUAUUGAAAAUGUAAAAAUGCAGAAAGUUUUUUGUGAGGGUUAGGUUUAGGGGUAGAGUUAGGUUUAGGGUUAGGGGACAGACUCUAUAGUUCGUACAGUAUAAAAAUCAUUAUGUCUAUGGAGAGUCCUCAUAAGGAUAACUGCACCAACAUGUGUGUGUGUGUGUGUGUGUGUGUGUGUGUGUGUGUGUGUGUGUGUGUGUGUGUGAAUGAAUGAUCCAGAGAUUAGUGGAGGAAGCAUUCAUAUUUUUAAAAUCUACUUAAUACUGCUAUCCCUGAGCAGUUGACAUCUCGAGCAGAUUUUUCAUCAAGAAAGGCUAAAAGCAAAACAGUAAAGCUGCCAAGAACUGGCCGACAGUUCCCAGAAGGCCCACAGGAACUGGGCAGACUGGAUUACUGGAGUUUCUGGUUGAAGGGGUUCACCAGUUUGAAAUUGUUUGAUUUUAUUCAGCUUAUGAAUUUCAAGGUACAGGAACAUGGUAUUACGAGAUUAAGUGUGGUAACUCGACGUUGGAAUGUGUGUUAUCCUUUUUUAAUAAUGUUUUAUUUAUAUAAUUACAUAAAUAUGUGUACAGUAUGUGUGUCAUGUUUUUUUUCAAUAACUCAUUUAGACGCAUGCUCAAAGCACUGGGAAAAUGAAUGUGACUAUUUUCUAUGGAGAUGAAAAGGAAAUAUUGAUAGGCACCAAAGUGACGACAGAAAGCUUGAUUCACUUGACAGUCGGAUGCUACGUGUGGGUGAAUUUCAUGAAACGUCAAGAACAUGUCCGGGUUACAUUUCACUUCAAAAUAAAAAUACGAAAUGUGGCAAAUUUGUAGGAACCAUUAUGAUUUUUUGCAUUGUGACCAGUGUUGGUUAAGUAGGUCGAAAAAUAAUCAACCACAAAUUACUAACUACUUCUUUAAAUUCACUGAUUACUUCAUUUAAAAUUAACCACAUUACUAAUUACUUUACUUUUAAGUUACUUUCUAAAACACUUUUCCACUCAACGAAUUGAAAAGGAUUUCUAUAUAUUCUCUUUGUCCAGUGUUGCACACACGUCAUACACUUGUUUCUCCCUUACAGUGACUCUUUAUGGGGCCCUUCUGCUGUCACACAAACACAAAAAGAUGUACAUAUAAACAUAUUCAUGUUUUAAAUAUGUUCUACAUAAAUUAUAUUAUUUUUGAAAUAUGUGUGACCCUUGUAAUGUACUUAAGAGUAAUUAAAUUAAUUAAAAGUCAGUAACUGUAAUCUGAUUUCAAGAAUUUAAAAUGUAAUGCAAUAGACUACUUUUUGACUGGAUCACAGUAACUAAUUACUUUGUGAUCGUAUUACACCCAAUGUGACCUGGACAUGAUUUGUGAGAUUCACUCGUGUACAUUACUAAUAUGAUUUGAUUUGUGCUUGAUCUUUAGAUGACUUUUUCAAAUUGUACAUUUGUGUUUAAUUAGAGCAGUGCAAUAUGCUGUAUAUGAGACACUUUAUGUAAAUGUAGUCCUCAGCAUCGUUUCUGUGUUUUCACAACCAAAUGCACCACUGGGUCUGUUGGUCUCACUGUGUCUUGCUGUGUUACUUGGAUUUUUCAUUUCAACAUUCAUCUUGUGCAUAAAGGCCAGAUCAAAGUCUGUGAAAUUCACUGUAGAGUGUAAUGUUACACACACUACACACUUCAUAGACACUUCAUAAUAAUACAUUAGUGAGUUUCCCUUGUUGACACGUGUUUGAUGAGGACUGCUCUAUUGAAAUGCCAAAUUACUGUUUAUUUCUUUCAUUUGAAUGUAAUCUACUGCUAUUUUGUGUCAUAAAUGUACCUAAAAAUAUCUCUUAUGUAAAUGCAUUUGUAUCUGUUAUGCUGCCUUCAAGUCAUGUCAGCAUAAUUGUAUUUACGAAAUGAGAGACCGUUAACAUCGCAAUGACGUGAGUACCAGUGGAAAACUCCAGAUUUUUCUCGGGUCGUGUCAGUUAAAUGAUCACGGUAUAAGCUAAUUAAUAUUGUAUUUGUAAAUGUUUACUGUUCAGUUUUGAUAGUACACAUUUUGUGUAAUGAAGAAUAUUAUGAUGUUUGCUAGAAAACAGCUGGUUUAUGAUGAGACAAGCUUGCUCGACAAACUACAUUUUUUACCAUUCUCUUUAUCAUAAUUCUCACAAGAAUGAUAAAAUACAAAAAAGCAUAAAUUACUCACCAAAUUUACAUCUAUUGCUCUUCAUUUUGUUGCACUACAGUUAAAAGUUCUUUCUAUCUGUCCUGUCUUGUCAGAAAGUGAAAAAGAAUUUGCCAACAUGGCCUCAUAGAGUCAUGCUAUUAUACUUACUGAUUUAUACAUGGCUCCUUGUACAUUUUGCGACAGUUUCCUGUUAAAAUAAACACUACAACACGAUCACAAAUAAAAAGGCAGAAUACAUACUUUUCAUCCUGUUCCACACACAGUUCAAUUUUAUUACAUCUGAACACUUUUAAUAUAGCCCAUGACUUGUAAGGUGAUGCAUUUUAACGUUUGUAUUACGUAACCAACUACUUUUACAAGCUUAUUCGAGUGCGGUGAUCAAACUGAUAGAGUGUUACAAUUGCGAUGUAAAGGACCGGAAAAUAUAAGUCGGUUUUGCUCUUUAUGACACUUGCGGUUAGGUUUAGAGUAGGAAGGUAGAUUUUAUUCAUUUAAAAAUCCAUAGAGCACUAACCAUAAAAACGUAAAAAUCUGUUUGGAAAUAAAGGGUUAGGGUCAUCAGACCCAUUUGGCUUAGUCAUUAGAUCUGGCUGGAAAUUGCCCUACAUGCCCAUUUUAUUCUGGAAAAAAUCACUUGAAUGCAUGUCAUAAUUCCGAUUUCUAAACUCUAAAGUUACUUCCUUUGAAGACUUGAAAGCAGCAUUAUGGCACAAUGCCUACUUGUUUAUAAUCUGGUCUGAUUCUGUUUCAGAAUGUAACUUAUUAUAUUUUUGUCCUAAAAUGAAUGGCCUUUUCUGAGCACCGAUUGUGCAUUCAGGGUUUGACCCCUAAUGUGAGACUAAAUGUGAAAUGGCAAGAGCAAGGAAAAUAAUGUAUGAAAAAAAAAAUGGGUUUGAUUUGAAAUCUUUCUGUCCUCAUACAGAUCAAACUGGAAAUUUUGUUCAGCAUGGAGGAGAGGCUGAAUGUUCUUUUCUGCCCAAUAAAUAAUUCU